AUGUGGAGUGGGAUGUGGAGUGGGAUGUGGAGUGGGGUGUGGAGUGAGGUGUGGAGUGGGGUGUGGAGUGGGAUGUGGAGUGGGAUGUGGAGUGAGGUGUGGAGUGGGAUGUGGAGUGGGGUGUGGAGUGGGAUGUGGAGUGGGGUGUGGAGUGGGAUGUGGAGUGGGAUGUGGAGUGAGGUGUGGAGUGAGGUGUGGAGUGGGAUGUGGAGUGGGGUGUGGAGUGGGAUGUGGAGUGGGAUGUGGAGUGGGAUGUGGAGUGGGGUGUGGAGUGGGAUGUGGAGUGGGAUGUGGAGUGGGAUGUGGAGUGAGGUGUGGAGUGGGAUGUGGAGUGGGAUGUGGAGUGGGAUGUGGAGUGGGAUGUGGAGUGGGAUGUGGAGUGGGGUGUGGAGUGGGAUGUGGAGUGGGAGUGGGAUGUGGAGUGGGAUGUGGAGUGGGAUGUGGAGUGGGAUGUGGAGUGAGGUGUGGAGUGGGGUGUGGAGUGGCAUGUGGAGUGAGGUGUGGAGUGGGAUGUGGAGUGGGAUGUGGAGUGAGGUGUGGAGUGAGGUGUGGAGUGAGGUGGGGAUGGGGGAUGUGAGUGGGUUUGGAGUGGGAUGUGGGAUGUGGAGUGAGGUGUGGAGUGGGAUGUGGGAUGUGGAGUGA